GUUGCGCGUUUAAAUAAUAAUAAUAACAACAAGUUCUAUUGUAUUCCCCUUGGACUAAACUACCGAAUGUCUGUGAACUACUUUCAAUCGCUAUUAGUUGAUGUUCAAAUUUUGUUUUUUCUAAUGUUUGACAUUAAUAAAUAAAUAUAAUUCGUGUUAUGAAAACAAUUAGAAAAAGUGACUAUACAGUAUAUAUGAAUUUUACAUUUUUCCAGUGAUUUUAUUGACAACUUGAAGUCAUAGAAUUAAAUUCUACCAAUAUGUAUCGUCCAAACGGUCAAACAAAUUUCACACCAAAUGGGCCCUAUCAACAAUCACAGUCAUAUCAAACUCCUAGACCUUUUCAGCAGCAACAAUUUGGUCCAAGAUUUCAAUCACCUUCUCAACAGUUUACACCACCAGGAUCAUUUUAUCAACCUUCCCAACAACAUCAUGAUCACUCAAUACCAGCGUAUCAAGUUCCUGACACUACAAUACCUCCACCUUUUUAUCAACAUGCUAACCCUAAUUUUGAACAAGCAACAAAAUUAUCAUAUCAACCUCCUCUCCAAAAUCAACUCCCAAUUCAACAUAUAGAAACACCACAAAUUCUUAAAUAUCCACCUCCAUCUGCUGGUCCUCGUUUCAACCAACCACCAGUACCUCCCUAUAGAAUGCCUGGACAAAUAUAUGUACCUCCUAACCAAAAUUACAGGCAACCUCCCCCUGUUCAAAAUUACAAUAAUUGUCCUCCAAUGCAAAACUACAAUCAUCCACCWCCUAUCCAAAACUUCAAUCCUUCUAUUACACCCCCAUUUACUUCUGUCAAUCAAAAUUCCAAUCAACCAAUAGGCUCUUCAUAUCAGUCUCCUAGUCCUGGUUUUAGCCCAACACCUAAUAAUUUAUAUCAACCUCAAAUACUUAAUCCCCAAAYGUUGAAACAAUCAUACAAAUUACAAACAGAUCAAAGUUAUCAACAACAGCAGUCUUCAUUUAAUUUGCCUAGACAUGAAUUCAACCAAAGGCCUUCUUUUAGGCCUUCAGGACAACAAAAAUUUCUUUUUAACAAACAAAAUCCAAGACAUCAACAACCACAACAUAAUAAUAGGUUUCAAUUUCAACCAAGACAGCAAUAUCAAAAUUAUCGGCCUAGAGUAGGGCCUCCUCCUAGCCCCAAUAAUCAGAUUAAAGGAAAUUUUGUAUCUAAAAAGGAUAAAAAUCAAGUAGCAUGUGAAUUAGGUGAUUGUGAUUUUGUGGGACAUGCUAGUGCUGUUAAAGAACAUCAAAAUUUGCAUCAUCGAUUAGGACUGCACAAGAAAGUGUUAUAUAGUAAUAACUCAGAAGCUAUUAAAAAUUGGAUUGAGGAAAGAAAAAAAAAAUGGCCUACUAAAGAAACCGUUCAAAUAAAAGUAGAUAUAGAGGAUGAAAAAAAUAAAAGAGGAGAACGUAUAGCAGAUGAAGAUUUCCAGAGGUUUAAUAAAACUAAUAAAUCUAACAAUUCUGGAAAUAGACGGUUUAAUAACAGAAAGAGACCAAGAUUUAAUGGUGAAUUCAUACAACCUGUUGAAGAACCCAYGAAUGGAAACUUGAAACGUUUUGCUGGAAUAGUUGAUAUCAUUAAAGACGAUCAAUUAGAAGAAACUAAUAAGCCAGUUGUAUUAAAACUAUUAGAGGAAUAUGAUCAAUCUAGCGAUAGUCAAAGCGACAACGAACCACCAGUAGAAAUGCCUAUAGUUAAAAAAUCAGGGUUACCGGAUAAUAAAAACGUGUCAGAACAAAAUGAGAAACCAUGUACUACUCCACUAACAGAAGUUUUAAUAACAGAUAAAAAUAAACAAUCAAGUUCUACUUCAGUAAUAAAUAACAAAGAAUUAGAUUCCACUACAUUAAUUGAUAAUGACAGUGAAACAGUAAGUACAGAUGUGAACAUUGWUAUAUGUUCUAAAAAAAACGAUAAUUGUGUGAAAAAUGCCAAUGAUCGUGGCCAAAAGCGUAAGAACACUUCUAAAAAAGAAUCUAAACCAUUCAAAAAAAUCCCACCAAUGAGGACACCACGAACUGAAGUGGUUGAAAGGAAGGGUGCUCUGUUGGAAGCCUUGAUGGGAGAUUUAAUGCGCAGUGAACGAAACACUAUAACUCAGUGUAUUUGUUACAUCAGAAACAAUAUGAAUCGUUUCUGUAAAAUUCAAGCUGCUUGAGUCUUGGAAGUUUGUUCUUAUCGAUCUUUAGAUUGGAGCAAAAUAUUCAARAAUAAAAUAAUAUGUGUAUUAUUAUUUUAAUUUAUAAUUAUUAUGAAUUCAUUUGUGUUUGAUUAUAAAGAUUUGUUAUGAAAAACUUCAUUGGUAAUUACUUUUGACAUAAUAAUAAUUUAUAUAUUACAACAUAAUUGACGAUAAAUCAUGUUUUGUGUAUUACAAAAUAGUAAAUCCGUACAAUACCACAAGUAAAUUUUGUAAUAAUAUUGUAUUUGAUGUUAUUGACUAACAUCAAAAUAUGCAUUGUAAAUAAAUAGGUAUAUGUUAAGUAGUAAUUAUUGUAAAAAGAACAAUGCACAUAGAUAAUAUAAUAUAAUACAACUAAUGGAACUUGGACCUCUAAAACUUAGUUUGAUCUUGAAAUUUAUUUUAAUACAAAAUUUGUGAAUUGUUAGUUUACUUCUAAAUAAUA